AAAAAAGAAAAGAGCCAUUGUCCGUUUGAGACUCUCUCACAAGCCCCCAACUACCCUCUUAAUUGCGGUGUGCCCUUUCGGUGAUUAAACUCGAAGUCAAGUUCCAUCCACAUAGCCCCGUCUUAAACAAUGGCUUUGGCUGCGAGAGCUUCCAGACAGGCCCUUCGGGCCGCGAAGGCCUCAUCCUCCCGCACAGUGGCAGGCUCCUCCAGAUCUUACGCUUCUGCGGCCGAAUCCGAACUUAAGAGCGUCUUCCGGAGCGUCCUUCCGGCUAAGAGAGCUCUGCUCAAGGAGUUGAAGGAGCACAAUGAUGCAAAGAUUGGCGAUGUCACGGUUGCCAAUGCCAUUGGAGGAAUGAGAGGCUUGAAGGCCAUGAUCUGGGAAGGCUCCGUCCUUGACCCCGAGGAGGGUAUUCGAUUCCACGGCCACACCAUCAAGGACUGCCAGCAGAUGCUUCCCAAGGGUACCUCCGGCACCGAGAUGCUUCCCGAAGCCAUGUUCUGGCUUCUACUCACCGGCCAGGUCCCAACUACUCCCCAGAUCCGGGCUUUCUCUCGUGAGCUUGCUGAAAAAUCUCACCUCCCCAAGCACAUCCUGGAUAUGAUCAAGUCCUUCCCCAAGGAUAUGCACCCAAUGACCCAGCUUUCCGUUGCUGUUGCCGCGCUCAACACCGAGUCCACCUUCGCCAAGAAGUAUGCUGAGGGCUUGAACAAGGCCGACUACUGGGAGCCCACCUUCGACGACAGCAUCUCCCUCCUAGCCAAGAUUCCCCGUGUGGCCGCUUUGGUAUUCCGACCCAACGAGGUCGACACUGUCGGCACCCAGCAGCUUGACAGCACCCAGGAUUGGGCCUACAACUUUGCUGUCCUCCUCGGGAAGGGUGGCAAGGAGCACGAGAGCUUCCACGACGUUCUCCGUCUCUACCUCGCUCUCCACGGUGACCACGAGGGCGGCAACGUCUCUGCCCACGCUACCCACCUUGUCGGAAGUGCUCUCAGUGAUCCGUUCCUCAGUUACUCCGCAGGCCUUCUCGGUCUCGCCGGUCCUCUCCACGGCUUGGCUGCUCAGGAAGUUCUCCGAUGGAUCUUGAACAUGCGCGCCAAGAUUGGCGACAACUUCACCGAGAAGGACGUCAAGGACUACCUCUGGAGCACUUUGAAAUCCGGCCAAGUCGUUCCUGGCUAUGGCCACGGUGUUCUCAGAAAGCCCGAUCCUCGCUUCGAGGCCCUGAUGGACUUUGCUAGCACCAGACCAGAGAUCAUGAACAACCCGGUCUUCAAACUCGUCAAGAAGAACUCCGAGAUCGCCCCUGGUGUCCUCACAGAGCACGGCAAGACUAAGAACCCCCACCCCAACGUUGACGCUGCCUCCGGCGUUCUCUUCCACCACUACGGCUUCCAGGAACCUCUCUACUACACCGUCACAUUUGGUGUCAGCCGCGCCCUCGGCCCACUUGCCCAGUUGAUCUGGAGCCGUGCCCUUGGCCUCCCUAUCGAGCGCCCUAAGAGUAUCAACAUGCAGGGAUUGCUCAACUCUGUUAAGAAGAACUAAAAUUUUUUUCAAAAAUAGAAGAGUAUCUUUCUUAUAUGUAUGUACUAUAAAUGGGGAUGAUAGGUGAAAAAAAAAAAAAAAAGGGCAAAUGUUGGGUUCUAGCUUGACGCGCCAGUGCAGUUCGUUUUUUUGCUCUUAUAUUUCCGGGGCUCCUAAGCGACUCCUUUAUUACAUUUUAUGGCUACAUACAUUGAGAGUGGCGGAGGAAAAAGGGUGUUCAUUAUUUGUAACUUCCUACUGUUUUGGUUAUGUGAUGAUGAUAGCUGAUAAAUAUUACUGUUACCUCUUUUUUC